AUGCACUCGACAGUUCCACCAUCCCCUUCUUCUUCUCUGUAUCCCACAAUGACCAUGUUAAAUACUUCUUCCUUCUACUCCCAAACCACAACGACCACUCUGUCAACUGCCACGAUCAACAUGACGACACAAUUCUCAAUUAGUACCAAACUGAAACGAAUCGAACCUACUCUCUCAGAAUUGAGUCAACAUCAUACGAACCAUUCUCUGAGUGCCAUGACAUGUGUCGAUCCACUUGAAACAAAUUCUGCACAAAAUCAAUUCUUUCACGAUUCUCUACAACAACAACAACAACAACCAUUGAAUUCACCUUGGUCUUCCUCACGAACAUCCUUACUCUUUACAAAUGCAUCAUUGAAUUCUCGAUUUCAACACGCAGCAGCAGCAUUAUUAACAAGCAAUGUCAAUCAUCAUCCUUCGAGAGAAUCAUUACCCUCAUCGACGUCUUGGGAUGUUUUUGAAAGCAUUCGAAUGGAUGAUCAUUGUGUUCACAUGCUUGAACGAUUGGCAGCCAUGACGGAAGAAGAAUUUGAGAAUGAAAUGAACAUGUGUACAAGUAGUCCUUAA